UUGUACUCGACUACGGAUGAUAUGCACUAGUUGAUUUUGUUAAAAUUAAUUUGUUUUAAAAACACUAUUAAAUAAAUCGAUUCUUGAUUAAUUAAAAACGAAAAAUUAAUUUUAUUAUCUCAUUUGAAAUUGAGGUUGGUUUUGAAGUGUGCGUGUUGGUAAUUUGGUACAGUUUUAUUAUUGUGAGCGACAAAGAAAAAUCUAUGUGACUAUUUUUAUUGAAUAGGAAGUUUUUUGGACUUUGCGAAUUAAGAUGUUUCAAAAAAGCCGUUUAAGCAUCGCGUUUCUGACGCUAAUAUCGCUUUUUCACAAAUCCACUGCAAUAAAAUGCUUCAACUGUAAUAGCGCCAAUAACUCAGCUUGUCUGGACGUUAACGAUAUCGAUCCUGAAAUGCGAGGAAUCAUUAUACCGGUGGUCCACUGCGAAACAGCGAUACCUAAUCCGGUUGCUCAAAACUUUUUCUGCAGGAAGAUCGUCCAAACCAUUUAUCAUCCUCAUCACGACUCCGAGAUCCGCGUGACCAGGAACUGCGCCUGGGUCCCCGGUGAUAAGGAGUGCUACACCGUUUACAACAGCGACCAUGCGGAGAUAGUGUGUCAGUGCUUCGCAGACUACUGCAACAGUGCAGACAGUACCGAUCCCACGUCCGGGACGAUACUGUUCCUGGCUUUAGCAGCUUGCCUAUAUUUCUAUCGUUAGAAACGUACAAUGAAUUCAGUAGGUUCAGACGUUUGAAAUGAAUGUUUAUAAAUGUAAUUUGAA